AGUUAUUUGAAUGUAUUAUUCUGAUCUUACUCCAUAGUACUUUGGUUUUGUGUUCUCUGGCUUACUUGUUUACUUUCAUGUGAAUGACAGCUUGAAUAAAUUGAGAACAAGCUCUCUCUGACAGGGUUACAAUAGCUCAACUUUACUUGGCUGUUCUCCAAGAACCACGUAGCCCUUGUGUGCAUUCCCCUGCACACGUCCAAGCAGCCCUUCUACACAAGGAAGCUCCUGAUAUCCCGAUAAGGAAGUCUUUACUGGUGGAGCAGAGCGACAUGAAGGUAGAACUGCUGCCAGCCCUCACUGACAACUACAUGUACCUUCUCAUUGAUGAGGAGUCAAAGGAAGCUGCCAUCAUAGACCCAGUUGAACCAGUGAAGGUUGUAGAAGCUAUCAGAAAGCACGGUGUGAGACUUAAAACAGUUCUGACCACCCAUCACCAUUGGGACCAUGCGGGAGGCAAUGAGAAGAUGGUGAGGCUGGUGCCUGGUCUCACUGUGUACGGAGGAGAUGACCGGGUGGAUGCCCUCACUAAGAAAGUCAAACACUCCAACACAUUCAAAGUUGGUUCACUUACAGUCAAGUGUUUGUUUACGCCAUGCCACACCACUGGCCACAUUUGCUACCUUGUGACCAAAGACAACAGCACUGAGCCUCCAGCUGUCUUCACAGGGGACACACUGUUUGUUGCUGGCUGUGGGAAGUUUUUUGAGGGUACAGCUGAACAGAUGUACAGGGCAUUGAUAGACGUGCUGGGACGUCUGCCCCCUGAAACACGUGUUUACUGUGGUCAUGAGUACACCAUCAACAAUCUGAAGUUCGCUCGACAUGUGGAGCCCGACAACGAGGUCAUCAAGAAAAAACUAGCAUGGGCAAAGGAGAAAGUCAGUAAUGGAGAACCAACCAUCCCCUCCACUGUGGCUGAAGAAUUCAAAUUCAACCCCUUUAUGAGAGUGAAAGAGAAGUCUGUGCAAGAGCAUGCUGGGCAGAAUGACCCUGUUGAAACCAUGAGGAGUCUCCGUAAGGAGAAAGAUGGCUUCCGGGUCCCCAAGGACUGACUGCAGAAUGGAGUCUAGUGAAAUCCGUUCCACUACAUGCGUACCAGUGCACUGGACUUGUUACUAACAACUAUGGCAAAAUAUUUCCUACACUACAUAAAAUACUAUAUUUACUACAUUUCAACAUUCUGUACAUUAGCUUGUAGACCUAAUGCAAGCAUCAAGCAAAACAUUGUAGUCUCGUCACGAGGAAGACUAGAGAUUGAGUAUAAACUGGAUUUACAGAAUACAAUUUGAUAUGUAUUGCAGAAGAUUGAUUCAAGAAUCUUGACUUGAAUUAAGUUAAUGUAGCUUUUCAUCAGGUUUGAUUACUGAAAUGUACAGUUUGAUGUAAUGUGAAAAAUAAUAUUUUAAUAAAACCCAACAAUUCUUCUCUGCAGAAGAAAAACCAAACUAUAAAAAGCAUGGUGAAGCAGAUUGUCUUAAUGUGCAAUGUUUGUAAAUUAAUUUAGACUUUGUCUCUGUAUAAAGGUUUCUUAUCAAGUGUUUUACUUUAAUAUGGUAUAUUCACUCAAGCCAAUAUUUCAGAGGUUUGGGGUAUAGUCCCUUUAGAGAAGCCAGGGCUACCUUAGUGUGAUUGCUGGACAUAUAGAAAAUCAAGACGGAAGCGCUUCUUAACAUCUCUCAUACUAUAGAAAAUAAGACAACUUAUGCUCUUUGUUAAUCAAAAGCUCCAUAUAUACACACAUCAGGCUUUGAGUGCCAAUGUGAAGUUCGUGAUGCAUAGGUUUCAUUAAAAGCUCCAUUGUCUCCUUUACAGAAAAAGCAAUAAAGCAGAUUGUUUCUAUU